CCGGGCUCCCGGCUGCUGCGGCGUCCGCCCCAGACCCGGCGCGGGUAUGGAGCUCGGGGGUCGAUGGGGCGGGAGCUCGACCCCGAGGCUGGCCUCGGAGACCGCAGAGCUGCGACAGGAGCAGAGGACAGGAACCCAGGCGGAGGCUGCCGACGCGGGAGCCGUCCGAGCCCGCCGCUUCCUGCUCUGUCUCUACUUGGUGGGCUUCUUGGAUUUGUUUGGUGUCAGCAUGGUUGUGCCUUUACUGAGCCUUCACAUCAAGUCCCUUGGAGCAAGUCCAACAGUUGCUGGAAUAGUAGGCUCCUCCUAUGGCAUUUUGCAACUCUUUUCUAGCACGUUGGUGGGCUGCUGGAGCGAUGUGGUGGGAAGACGGUCUUCCUUGCUGGCCUGUAUUCUACUCAGUGCCCUGGGCUAUCUCCUUCUGGGAGCAGCCACCAAUGUGUUCCUGUUUGUCCUGGCUAGAAUCCCAGCAGGUAUUUUUAAACACACUCUCUCCAUCUCAAGGGCUCUACUUUCUGAUCUGGUUCCAGAGAAGGAACGACCACUUGUAAUCGGACACUUCAACACAGCCUCCGGUGUGGGCUUCAUUUUGGGCCCCGUGAUCGGUGGCUAUCUCACUGAAUUAGAGGAUGGGUUUUAUCUCACAGCCUUCAUCUGCUUUUUGGUCUUCAUUCUCAAUGCUGGUCUCGUUUGGCUCUUUCCAUGGAGGGAAGCAAAACCAGGCAGUACAGAGAAGGGCCUGGUAUGGCGAAAGACCCACGUGCUCUUGGGAAGGAGCCAUGACACAGUGCAGGAGGCAGCCACCAGCCACAGAGCCAGGGCCAGCGAGAAGGCUACCUGGCCCUGGGUCAAAGUGGUGUUGGCCUUGCAGGACAUGAAGAACCUGCUGUUUUCUGAAAUGUGGGACAUAUUUCUGGUGCGCCUGCUGAUGGCCAUGGCAGUCAUGCUGUACUACAGUAACUUUGUCCUGGCCCUGGAGGAGCGCUUUGGGUUACGGCCCAAGGUGACAGGCUACCUCAUCAGUUACACCAGCAUGCUGGGGGCCAUGGCUGGCCUUGCCCUGGGGCCGAUCCUACGGCUGUACAAGCACAACUCGCAGGCCCUGCUGCUACACUCCAGUGUGCUCACCUGCACACUGCUGCUGCUCUACUCCUUGGCCCCCACCAUAGGUGUAGUUGUCAUCUCCUCCACUCUCCUGUCCUUCUCCACUGCCAUUGGAAGGACGUGCAUCACGGAUCUCCAGCUGACUGUGGGCGGGGCCCAGGCCAGCGGCACAAUCAUCGGCAUGGGGCAGUCUGUGACUGCGGUGGGCCGCAUCAUCGCCCCUCUCCUCUCGGGGAUUGCCCAGGAGGUCAGCCCUUGUGGUCCCCCCAGUCUAGGCGCUGCAUUAGCCUUAGUGGCCAUUUUCGUAAUGUCUCUAAGCAAACCACACUCCAGUGGUGGUGGGAAUGGUAAAUUAAAAAGUGAAUAGAUGGAUUUGGACAAAACAAAUUAGAAACAAAAUUUGAGGCAGUUGAAUCAGGGCCAGAGACCAUAAUGAGAAGAGCACUUUGGAAAGGGUUGGGGUAGAAGGGAGACAUUUCCAGGUAGGUGUGCACUGUUGGAAGUCCAAGUCAGCCCUUGGCCAUACAGCUACGCCAGCAGGAAGAUCAGAAGUCACGGAAGCUCAUGGGAAGGUUAAGACUGGAGUGAAGCUUUUCCAAGGGGAGCAUAUUCAGCAUUUACCUGGAAGUCUCUUCUUCCCAUCUGAGUCUCUUCUUCCUGAGUGGGCUAAUGAGGUUACAAUUUUCAAGAGUGAAAAAACUACCAGCUACAGGGUAGGGAAGUGGUGGUGGAGUAAAAGAACAUGAUACAUGGAGGAAGGGAAGAAACCAUAAGCAUUUUUCUACUAAAAAAUAGGGUGACAUGUCAGUCAAAUUCUGAUCGGCUGGAACUUGAGUUUCCAGUUAAAUUCUAUACACUGGGAGGGAGUUUUCUAUCAAAAUCCUGCAAAUCGAAGAAGCUGUUUUAUUAGAAGGAGCCUGUGGCUUCUCAAACCUGCUUAAAAAUCAGAUACUGACCUCACCCCCAGAGAUGAUUCAGUGGGCCUGGGUGGGGCCAAGAAAUCCAUGGUGUUCUGUAAGCACCACUGGCAAUUUCUCAUGGUAGUGGAAAAGACCAUACAUAGGCUUGGCUGUUUUUACACAGCUGACUAAAUUUGGACUCUUAAAACUGUGUUUGUAAUCACAACAUGUUACACCCGUCCCAGCUCCCAGCAGUUGUACUACAUGAUGGAGCAACGGGUCCUUGCGGCCUGUUGCCCGUGCUUUCUGCCUCUGAGAUCCCAACUUGCUCUGAAGUUGGACUAAACCACCUAGAUGCUGGGCAUGCCAGUCUGCUCCUGGAAGCCUGGAAAGUCGGGUUGCCUCCUGGUGCUGACAGAACCCAGUGGUGAAGCCAAAGCAUAGGAAUGCUUUUAAAAUGAACUGUUUAUGCAGAAUAAGGGUCAGGUGGCAUGUCAGAACAGAAGAACUUGAUGCUACUGUGUCUUAAGAAUCAUGUCAUUUAUUUUUAAUUUCAUGCCUGCAAAAACAAGCAUUCUGUUGAUCAAUAGGGAAAUAUUUUGGUAUGCCAUUUCUCAUCUAAACUGGAGUUCCAUGUACAGUGCCCAGGAGCUCACAAGAGGAAGAAGCCCAGACAGAAGGUGAACGUAGCCUUGCAGGGAAACAUGCACCAGGCAGGCUGGCCUUUGGGAUUACAUCAAGUAUUAAUUAAAGUUACUUAAGCACCUCCCACCCACUGCCACCUCCCGCCCAGCAGGCAGUUGAAGUUCACAUUCCUUUUACUUUUCUUAAUUAGUCCACCAGGAUGUUAUGCCUGUUUUCAGCUUAACACAUGCAUAAUUGUAAAUAUUUAGUACAGUGCAGUAAUUUGUCAUAUCUUUAAUUAUUGUUUGCAAAGCAGGAAACAUUUCUGUAUUUUAGAAGUCAUGGAGUAAAAUCAAAUACGGUAAAUAAUUGGAAGUAUGUUUUAGUUUAAAGAUGGUCCUUUUUUCUGUCUUGCUACAAGAAAAAAAUGGACUUGUGACUAGGUUUUACAAUUGUGAACUUUUAUGUAAGUGUUAAAUGCUUUUGAGGAGACCAAUAUAUUAAUAUAUAAAAUGACCUUGCCCUUAAGGAGCAAACUAAAUGUCAUGGAGAUUAGACUCAAAAGGCAAUAAAUAAUCAAGGGUUUAUGCAGUGAAGCAGAAUUUUAGAAGAGUUUGGAUCUCAAAGCUUUCUUCACUCUCAGAAAUAGGCAAGUUUCUUAAAAGCUCUUAUAGUCAUGUUUUUUUUUUUUAAUUGUAGCACUUUCUUUUUGAAGUUUAAAAAACCCAUAAACUUAAUGAGUCUUUAUAAUCAGACAUGAAAAUAUUAAAAACGAAAGACUGAUCUUACAGAGAAACAUGUUUGUUACUCUCCACUAGUGACUUCAGUAUUUUGUUAUGUGAUAUUUUGUAGGUACACCUUUUCUCAUGACCCCUUUUACAUUAUUUAUUGUCUUGCUCUUCAAAGUGUGACCCAGAGACCAGAAGCAUCAGCACCACCUGGGAGCUUGUGAGGCCUGCAGACACUCAAGCCCUAGCUGAGAUGUGUUGGGGACCAGUUUAAUAAGAUACCUAACUGAUUUUUUGCACAGUAAAGUUUGAAAACCCCUGGUUUAAUGGGUAGUAUUUGUAUCAUUUAUGGAGUAUAACCUCAGGGAAAUUAAAUCUGCUCAAUUAACA